UCUUGGAGAGAGGAAUGUGAAAGGAAGCGUGCGAGAUGACGUUGGAAAAUCUGGAUGACUUCCUUCAGUUGGAGGUUGUCAUCGAUGACGAUUCCGAUGAUGACCGCUCGUUCUUCCCCAAAGGUGGCGGUGGCCCGUACAGCCACCUCCAUCUCCACGCGACGGACAUAUAUUCUGGCAUUCCGUAUCCAGGGAUGAACGGUGACCUCUCGAACGACACACAAGACAGUGCAACUAGUCAAGACACGGGUGACCUGGGUCAGGAUGAAGACAGUAUGGACUCCGAGAAAGCCCUCAAUCUUAUCAAAAAGUCGGUGCGAUCGGGACUCUUCGACGAGAUGGACGACGAGCACAUGGAAACGAAGAUGUCGUCGAGCGGGAAGGCGUCGGCGUCGGCGGCCAACGGCCAGGGCACCGGCCUGCUCAGCACCACUACCUCGUCGGUCCCCCGCUACCCCCCUUCCGCGCUGGUGACGACGACGGCUGCGGCUCUGGCCGCAGCGGCCGCCUCGGGCCAGCUCUCGCUCAACCAGCUGAUGGUGGCUGGAGCCCAGAGCCAGCAACCUAACCUUCUAAUGCAGGCUGGAUUAGCUCAACAGUUACAGCAUGUCAGCAAGAUGCCGGCAGCAUCGGGUCUUCCGGGGCUCCCCAUGAGUGCCCAGGAACUCCAGCAUCUACAGCAGCAGCUUCAGCAGAAUCUACAAAACCAGAUGGGCCAGUUUGUGUUUUUACAGCCGGGACAGCUGCCAGCCAAUGUACAAGCGCAACUCUUUCUGCAGAACCAGGGUCUCCUCCAGCAGGGCUUGAUGCAGCAGAGUCUGCAGAGCCUGCAGCUGCAGGCGAGCCAGGCGGCGCUGCUGCCGCAGGGCAUGCUGUCCUCGCAGGCAGCGGCGGCGGCGGCCACCGUGGCCGCAGCGCAGCAGCAGCUGCACCAGCUGCAGCAGCAGCAACAGCAGCACCACGAACAGCAGCAGCAGGGGCACAACCGGGCAACGCACCAGCCGCCGCACAACAUCACUCACAUUCAGCACAAGCAAGCGCCGAUAGUUCCUCAUCAUGUCAAAUCGAGACCAGCGGAGCCGAGUCCGGAAGAAAUGACGGACUUGGAAGAGCUCGAGCAGUUUGCCAAAACGUUCAAGCAAAGGCGGAUCAAGCUCGGUUUCACACAGGGAGAUGUGGGCCUGGCUAUGGGAAAGCUCUACGGCAAUGACUUCAGCCAGACCACCAUCUCCCGGUUCGAGGCGCUCAACCUGAGCUUCAAGAACAUGUGCAAGCUGAAGCCGCUGCUGCAGCGAUGGCUCGAGGACGCGGACGCCUCGCUCAACAAUCCGGCUGCCCUCGCCAACGCCCACACCACGCCGGAGUCGAUCGGCCGGCGCCGCAAGAAGCGCACCAGCAUCGAGACGAGCGUGCGUGUGGCGCUCGAGAAGGCAUUCGUGCAGAACCCCAAGCCCACGUCCGAGGAGAUUGCCGUGCUCGCCGAGGGCCUCUCCAUGGAGAAAGAGGUGGUCCGGGUCUGGUUCUGCAACCGUCGGCAGAAGGAGAAGCGCAUCAACCCUCCCCCGGGGGGCGCCGCCUCGUCUCCCACACCGCCCCCGCUCGUCGGGGGCCUGAUGGGGGUGGCGGCGGCCCCGCUGUCCCUCCACUCGCCGGCCUCCCUGGCCAGCAGCUCGUCCAGCCCGUCGCCCCCACACCACGCGGCCGCCCUGGUGCCCCAGCGGCCACCCAGGCCCCCGGCCAUCGUGUCCCCCUCGCACCACGCGCUGGCCCUGGCCGCGUCGCCCCCGUCCGCCGUCGCCUCGCCCCCGGCGCUCCUCAAGCCGGAGUAGCUCCUGCAGUUCCUACUUCUCCUCGACCAUAUCAAGGGGCGACGGGUCUCUUCGCGUCUGUGUGCGUCCCUGUGUGUGCGUGUGUGCGCGCGCGCGCGCGUGUUCGGACUCGCGCGAGGAAGGUUUGUUUCUGGCGCGAUGGCGUGCUCGCGUUUUUAGAGGGGUUGAGCUGGACGCUGUUUUUCGAUCCGCACUGUUGCGCUCGACUCCCCGAGACCCCUUCCUACCUCAGGAAAAAAAAAAUCAAUUGCUUAAGGGGCCCGUCUACUUGUACAUUAUUUUCUCUCGUCCCUCGCGGGAAGAAACCCACUCAGGUGAUGAACCCAAAAGCCGCCUGUGGCGCUUUGGACAGGGCAUGGCAGUGAUACUGAACUACACUGUAAAUGCAGUGCGCAACUCAGGGAAUAUUGCAGAAAGAAAAGUUCAUAGACUGUCUGUAAAAUAGUAUAAACUGUGCACAGGCUGUGAGAUCCAAUGAGGCUUACGUGUGUUUUACCUGUCAAAUGGCCUGUUGUAUGUGCAUCCCAUCAUUGUACACCCACCUUUUCACAUAGCAACAUCAUUCUUUUUUAAGUGUUUCUACAGCACUGCCAGAAUGGGAGGCAUAAAAACGCUACCUCAAUUAUUGUUGUUGCCUGUUCAGUGCUUUAUUUUUCACCACCUCUACCUCGGCCUUGUUUCUUCGCGACACUGUGCCCAUCCGGACCAAAAAUCUCGAGGCUUACUUAUGUCGUAAAUUGUGCUUGGAAAGUUCUUUGGUAUGGUGCACUGGUAUUCUGAGUAGAGGGAAAAACCUUACUGGUCAGUGCCAUUCUCCAGGAAAAUGUUUUUAUCCUUUUCACAUAUUAUGUAUACAAUGUACAUUCAUUUUUUUUUUAAAUAUUGGUGUCUAUCUUGGCGAGCGAUGUUGGUUUCAAAUAUAGUUGCGUUGAGCUUGCAGAGAUUUAUCUGUUUAUCUGGUUUUAUGUAUCUCUCUCUUCUUAGUUUCUGUCUGAGCCGUGACAUCUUGUGAAAGAAAGUGACGAGCAUCAAAGGAAAAGUGUCCAAUUUUUGUAUUACUUGUUGGCUCAUCUUUAGGGACGUUUCCCACUCGUACAUUGUUGAUUGUGUCUUGUACAUAUACGUGGGAUGACUGUCCAAAAAAGGGAGGAACUGUAGCUUGCCUGGGCUUGACUUUCCUUUUUUCAUUACAACUAUGUCUAAACUGCUCAGUCAUACUGCUGUGGUCUGUACCAGGUGGCAGACUCAAGCAGGCACAACUUGCUGCAGAGUAAAGAUCAAAUCCUUAGUGGAAGUUCCUGUCAAAAUCAAACAAGAAAAGCAGCAAGCUCAAAAAGUGUUGACAUAAUUGAAAUAUAUAUCAAGCAUAUAUCUUUAGCUCUGUCGUCCGUUAAAACUGAUGUAUCUAAUAGUGCAAGUGUGAAGGCUUGAAAGUUCUGCAAGUAACUUGCCUACUGGGUCUUUUGGUCAAAAUUGUUUGCUCACAGAAUUUGUAUCCAUCUAUAAGUGUUAAAAUGCUUUUGUAGUUUCUAAGCAGUUGAAUCUUUGCGUUUGCCACUCUUGCAUGUAAUUACACUAGUCCGCCUGGCAGAGACAGUUAAUCUCUAGAAUAUGAAAUUUUUAAAAAUGUUAUUCUUGAACAGCUUUUUAGUGACUACUUUACUUUAGUUCUUUGAAUUAUUUGGCCUCAUGCAUAAUUCAUGUUUCACAAUAGCUUUAGGAAUUUCAUCAUCUUCUUAUUUAUGUACAUGAGUAUUUUUAGAUCAGGUUCUACAUAAUUUUCAUUAGCUUUUUGCCUGAAUCAUGAUGCACAUAAUCGGUUUCAUUGGCAGGCUCUACAAGGUUUGUUUCUUCUGAGCAUAUGCAUAUGAUGUCUCCUUUGCACUAAUGCAUAGUUGUAAGAAUUACUUUGGUAAUCUUGUCCAUUGUUUUUAAAACAAUUCUGAGUAUAGAACACACACAGAUAUUUCUACUGUUACAAAUCUGAUGCACUACUAACACUGCAUGUAGCCCACUCAUUGGUAACAUAUGUCCACACUUACACAUUUCGUUUCAAUGAAGCUCAGUUCAUUAUAAAUUUUUAGUGCAGUGGCUUUAGAGGGCAUGAAUUUGAGAACCAGCUUAUUUAUUAUAAUUUUAUGUCAUUCAUGCUUCUCAGUACUAAAAUAAGAAAACAAAAUUUUUUUGUUGUUAUAGGUUUCCUGGAAGUCUGAGGAGCAGUUAGUUCUCUCUGGAUCAUGCAAAACUUCAGAUGUUUGAUACACUUGCAUGACCUGGUGGAUGUCAUCAUAAAAUAUGUUCCAGGAAGGCAGUUGAUUGUGUAAUUGAGAUUAUUAUUAUUCUUUCAUCUGGAAGUUUUCUGCUGUAACUUACCUUUUGUGAGAUCAAGGCACUGAAAGUGCUACGGCAUUUACGAGGAAUGUCUUGGAGUUGUACAAGAGUAUACUGGCUGAACCUUUAUAAUAAAUUUAAGUUUUUACAUUCUAUUAUAUUACUAUUACAACGAUUUGAAGUAUUGCUAAUGCAUUUUUCUUUUGAAACAUGUCUUCACUUACAGGCAAUAACAACCAGGUAAAUAAAUGACUCGCUCAAAGUUAAUAAAAUUCACACAGCUAGAGUUUCUACUGGCACAAUGUAAACAGGUGUCAUGGUUACAUUUUAAUGGCGUUAAAAGCUUCUCAGGUCAGAAACUUAUUUUUAAUGCAUCAGUGGGAUUAUAUACAGACCGUUAUAUAUUGCUACGUAAAUCUCCCCUUUUUUAAAUUAUGUUUGUAGUCAACUCCCUCCUAAAUUGUUUUGUUCUUCGAUGCAAGCUCCAGCAUUUCAGUGUCUAGCAGUCAAUUGCAUGAUUUACAUGCCCCAAAAUUUUAGUGACAUAAAAACUUCUCAAGACGGGAACUUAUCUUCACUCCAUAAAUGGGAGCAUUAUUCACCAAUUCAAUUAUUUUGCCACAUGAAUCUUUCCUUUUAAUUAUACAAGUUUGCCUUGACUCACUUCUAACACAGGAAAUCUAACUUAUAAACUAAAUUUUCUACAUAAGGUGGAAGCCUAUGCAACUUGAGCUAAAGCCAGCGGCUUCUCUUUUGCUGUUUGCUUUCAUGUUAACCAUUAACAUUCAUACCCUAUGGGCAGAAUACUUACAUAUUUCAAAAGCUUGUUUCAAACACCUUCUGCAGUGCCAAUUAAGCCAUUGAUCACUUCAGUCAUUCUCAGAAAAACAUUCUUGUGCACAGCAUUUUGCGGCAGGAUUGAUCUUGAAAGCGGGUAUUUUGUUCAUUGCUGAAACUGUAGGGAAAUGUGCAAGAGUAACUUAGUAUGUCAUUAACAGGAAAAUCAAACAUGUCUUUUCUUUACAUGGUCUUAUUUUGUUUUCAUGUGCUUUCUGUGUCGUAGCGUUCUUUUUUGUUUUUGCGUGAGCAGUUUUUGUUUGUCCCAAGUACUGCUGGUGUUCUCUAGCGCUCCUGCAUUCUCCUGUCAACAUUCAGGGAUUUCUACACGUAGGCGUAUAGGGGGAAUGUAGGAGGGCCGAAAGCAGGCACUCGGCUCUUUUAUGCUGCAUUUUGAUGACUGCUUUCUGGCUGUGUGAUUUGCCUCCCCCUUAGGGGGAAGGGAGGAUGGCAGGAAAGUGUGAAAGGUUUACUUUUUUUGCUGUGGUGCUGUGACUAGAGUUCCUUGUCAACUUUAGCGGGCAGGUAGCAGGGACCAGAGAUCUAUUGCGGGUAUUUGCGAAAACUUAUUUUGGACUGAAACAUAUUCACUCCUUCUGGGCCCUGCUACGUCCCCUUUAAAGGAGACUCAAAGAGAAAGGGGAAAUUCCCGGUUAGUAUCAAAACUUCCACCCUCUACCUCUUCCGAACAGACAGACUUCAUCUGUCGAGUGACAAAAAUACUUAUGUACUCUCAAGGGAGCAUUGUCUGCUGGUGAACCUGAAACUGAUGCUCAAUCAGUGGCAUACUUGAAAGCUGAUAAGCAUAGCUUUUGUACCAUCUGCCUACAGUAAUUUGAAAGCCAACAAAAAUCCAAUAAUUUCUUUUUAAGAAGCUUAAGACUGCAGCAGAUUUAUGUCCAAUUUAUAAAUUAUGAAAAACUUCAAAAUUUAGUUUGCUUUCAUAUGCUAAUGUGUAAGGGACAUAGCACUAUUGGAGAUGCCAUAAUGCACGAGGGUAGGUGUACCACAAACUAUCGCCCUGUGUAUGGAGCCAGCUGUUCAUGCUCCAAGUUUUGACCCUUGAGCAUUGUGAAGCAUUUGUUUGUUUCAUUGUAUAUUUUCCAUAUCAUGCAUUUACAAGAACAUGAUAAAAAUAUAAAAAAAUAAAUCACUCUUAUUUUAGGGCAGAACACUUUGGUGGCCCAUAGUUGGGAAGCCAUGUGGAUGGAAGAUUGCUGAUGUCCACAUGUACCAAUUCCUGCCUAGAAUUCCGGGUAUUUUUUUGUUUAUACAAGCAAUUGUCUUUGGGAAAUGUGUAACAUUAUAUCCCACUGUCAGAUGUAAGAUGCAAGCCUGGUUUUCAUGCUCCCAAGGCUUUUUUGGAGUCUUCCAAAAGGUCCUUUGAGUGCUUAGCAUGUUUAGCAAUUAUUUCCAGAAACAAUUAGUUAUUAUAUUUCAACCAACCUUGGAUGUCCCUUCCCUGCAGGCAAAGAUUUGCUGGACAGACAUUUUCAGGGCACUGAUAUCGUGCAAUUGUCUCAUGUAUGAUGGUUUAUAAAUGAAGGAGCUGCACUGUUCCAUUGUGUUGACAUAUUCCCACCUAGUCAAUGUUUUAUAUGCAUACAUCCGGUUUACUAACGGCAAUUGCUUGUUUUACGAUGUAUCAGAAAGGUAUUUUGACCUGCUGUCAAAGGUGCUAAGAUUGUUUAACAUGUCAUGCUUAUCUUUUUCCUCCUUCAGUGUAGUAACCUUUACCUACCUUCUCAAAGAGUAACAGUGAAAAUAUGAGGCAGUAGUUGUGCUUCAUUAUCCUUUCCCUCUCAUGCAAUUCCUGUAUCGAAAACUAGGCAAUGCAUCCAUAAAGGACCCCUACUAUGGUGGCAAAGGAGCAUAAUUUUUAGGCUACUUGGUGCAUUUGCAGGGGAUCUAAGAUACAGAUCUCUGUAGCAAGUCCCAGGUGGCUGACAUAAUGGCAAUGUUUUAUUUUGUAGGUCAUCAGUGUAUACUGCUGCCCUGAGAGAUGGAGGAUUUUUUGUAAUGCUGUUGAGUUUUUAGUUUGUAUCAUGUGUGUGAAGAAAAGUAUGUUAAGACUCAAGAUCUUGCUUUCUUUUCUGUUACAAAGGGAGACAGUCAUCAGGUGCGCAAUAAAAUAAGGCAGAUUCCCAA